GUAUUCUCCAUUUCUCACUAACCACUGUUCCUUUUCACCUAAUGGCCAUGGCGGCCGUUUCGGUCGACGCCGUGCGGUUGGUGGCCGGUCGCCCGUGCAUUGCGCGCCGAUCAGACGUGGCUGCGCAGCGAAGCCUGUCUCUUCGAGCGCCGCUGCCCUGCUUGUCGCAAUCCUCGCCAGCCCGCAGAAUCGCACGCUCCUCUCGCCGCAUUUCGCGAAUCGCUGUGCGAGCGGCGGGCGAAUCGCCUCCGCCCACUCCCAGCAACAGGGACUCAGCGACGAGCGACGAUGACGUCAGCAUUCCCUCUCCUCCGCCUUUGUCCACGUCAGCAUCAACACCUUCUAACACAAGCAGCGGCAGUAGCAGCAGUGUGCCUUAUGUGCCGCUACUGGGUCUGUCUUUAGUGGGAGCAGCGGAAACACUGUACCUGUCCUUUGAGAAGCUCGCUGGAGGGCAGGUGGCUUGUCCCAUUAACGAGUCAUGCACUGACGUGCUCAACAGCCCCUACGCCUCCCUCUUUGGCAUCCCCCUCCCCAUCUUUGGCUUCGCUGCUUACUCCACCGUCGCCCUCCUCACCCACCUCUCGCGCCCGGCCUCCUCCCACACCCCUCUCGAAGCCUCCCUCCUCUCCUCCUCCUCGCGCUGGCUGCUACUGUCGCUAACAGCCGCCAUGGCCACCACCAGCGGCUACCUCAUGUACAUCCUCGCUACCGAGCUGGACGGCGCGUUUUGUCUGUACUGCAUCACCUCUGCCACCCUUUCUACGUUGCUGUUUGCGCUGACUGUGAAGUCCUUCUCAUGGCGUGAGUUGCAGCAGGCGCUGCUGCCCCAGCUGGCCCUUGUGACUGCAACUGCCGUGGCUCUCUCCCUCUCCUUUGCUGAUGUCAGGUCCGCCUAUGCUCGGGACACGGAGAUCGACCUCCCUGCUCUGGAGCCCGAGGUCACCACUGUCUCAACACCUGUGCGCGUGCAAUUGGCCAAGCACCUGUCUAACGUUGGGGCGAAACUGUACGGUGCCUUCUGGUGCUCGCACUGUUACGAGCAGAAGCAGGCUUUUGGUGCAGAAGCUUCAAAGUACCUUCCGUACGUAGAGUGCUAUCCAGAAGGGUUCAGAGCAGGAGUGAAGCUGGCUAAAGCAUGCCAGGAUGUCAACAUUGAAGGGUUUCCAACAUGGAUUAUCGAUGGCAAGGUUCUACCAGGAGAACAAGACCUUGAUGAACUUGCUCGCCUUACAGGUUUUGAUGGGAAGUAAAGAUGGACCAGAAGUAGUCUUCAGCGUACAGGGGUCCUUGGGUUUAGGGUGUCCGGAAUUAGCCAGGCCAUUUUCAUGCUAUAUGUAUGAUUAUUAUUUUUUUACAUGAUUGGUGCUGGUUGCACUUGCACUACCUGUUGUGUCACAUUUCAGCAGUGCAUGAAGUGGGG